AUGGCUACCACGGAUUCCGACGACAGUAAGCAGCUUCAUGUGGUAAUCUUCCCAUGGCUUGCUUUUGGUCACAUUAUCCCUUUCCUUGAACUUUCUAAAUCAAUAGCCCAAAAAGGUCACAAAGUAUCUUUUCUUUCCACCACUCGAAACAUCCAACGUAUCCCAAACCUCCCUUCCCACCUCUCGUCACUUCUAAAUAUGGUUCCACUCACUCUUCCACGUCUUCCACAACUGCCGCAGGAUGCAGAUGCCACCAUGGAUGUCCACACUGAAGAUAUUCAAUACCUCAAGAAGGCCUUCGAUGGUCUUCAACUAGAGGUCACUCGGUUUCUCGAGGAAGAAUCUCCAGACUGGAUUAUUUAUGAUUUUGCUCCCUACUGGUUGCCGGAGAUCGCUGCUGGCCUUGGCAUCUCUCGAGCCUUCUUCGCCUUAGUCAACGCAUGGUUCAUCGGUUUUGUAGGACAGUCGCCGGAGGACAUGAUAAACGAUCACGAUAAUCGGACAUCGGUGGAGGAUUUCCUGGCCCCACCCAAGAGGCUUCCCUUCACUACGAAAAUAUGCUAUCGGAGGCAUGAGGCUAACAAUUGGAUGAAGGGUUGUUCUUCUCCUAAUGCUUCUGGGGUUUCAGAUGUUUAUCGUAGCGAAGAGUUGUACCAGCUCCCGGUGGUUCCAGUGGGCCUAAUGCCACUGGCCACAGCGGUGGAGGUAGAAGAUGGGAAGGAUGAAACGUGGCUAACCAUCAAGAACUGGCUCGAUGGUCAACGAAAAUGUCAUGUGGUGUACAUAGCAUUAGGAAGUGAGGUUAUGCCGAGCAAAACUGAUGUGAGUGAGUUAGCCCUGGGUCUCGAGCUCUCUGGGUUGCCAUUUUUUUGGGCUUUUAGAAAACCGGCAGGUUCCACUGAGUUAGACUCAGUAGAGUUGCCAGACGGGUUCUUGGAGCGAAUCCGGAACCGUGGGAUGGUGUGGACGAGUUGGGUACCUCAGUUACAGAUACUGAGUCAUGACUCAGUAUGUGGGUUCUUGACUCACUGUGGAUGGAGCUCGAUUGUGGAAGGUCUAAUGUUUGGUCAUCCUUUAAUCAUGCUUCCGUUUUUGGUGGACCAAGGGCUCAAUGCUCGAGCAUUGGCUGAAAAAAAGGUAGGAAUUGAGGUGCCAAGAAAUGAGCAAGACGGGUCCUUCACCAAGAACUCGGUGGCCAACUCACUGAGUUCGGUAGUGGUUGAAGAUGAAGGGAAGGUCUACAAGGAGAAUGCGAUGGCUUUGAGCCGAAUAUUUGGCGACAUGAAGCUACAACAGAGGUAUACAGACGACUUUGUAGAAUAUUUGGAAAAACAUAAGUACAACCCUUGA